AUGGCAUUGACGUUCGCAAACAAGCUGUCGUCAAGGUUUGCAUACACGACCCAACAAGAGUUGACCCGCCAUCGGCGCGCCAUAACCCAGGCCCCCAACCAUCCAUUACCUACAUACAAGCUGGUAGUGGUCGGUGACGGCGGUGUGGGUAAGAGCGCGAUCACCAUUCAAUUUUUCCAGAAAAUGUUUGUAGCCGAUUAUGAUCCUACCAUCGAGGACAGCUAUAUUCAACACACAUGCGUGGACGAUGAAUUUUGUGUGCUUGACGUAUUGGACACGGCCGGUCAAGAGGAGUUCAGCGCGAUGCGAGAGCAGUACAUGAGAAAAGGAGAUGGUUUCAUGAUUGUCUAUUCGGUCACCGACCCGAACAGUUUCAAAAACGUUCCUAAUUUUUUCACUCAGAUACUUCGGGUCAAAGACAGAGACGAAUAUCCAAUACUGCUGGUGGCCAACAAGGUGGACCUGGUGCAUUUGCGCAAGAUCAGCGAGAGCGAAGGUCGCGCGAUGGCUGACAGAUUGAAUUUGCCGUACAUGGAGACCAGCGCCAAAGAUCCACCGCAAAAUAUCGACGGCGCUUUUCACGAGGUGGUGCGCAUCAUACGGAACCAUCCUAAAGAAUUAUCCGAGGACCGUCGCCGCCGACGUCCUAAAUGCUUAAUCAUGUAAAUCACAAUGUCUUGCCAACAUCAUAUUAUUGUGAAAGUGCCUGAAGAAAUGAAAACAAAUGUCAAAUUUAGCAUAAGUCAAAAAUAAAAAAAUAAUCCUAAUUUAUAACCAGCGAUAUUAGUAUUUUAAGUCAA